AUGGGGGAGCUGGCGCUGGCACUGCUGGCGCUCGCUGCCCUGCACGGGGCCGGGGCCACAGAGCCCCUGGAGAACGACUCGGAGCCCGGGAAGAGCGGAACGGCGGGAAAGCCCUGGAAAGCUGCCCCCGACCCGGCAGAGCUGGACCUGGACACGGCAGGUAAAGGCGCCGAGUGGACGUCCUGGUUCAACAUCGACCACCCCGGGGGGGACGGGGACCACGAGAGCCUGGAGGCCAUUCGCUUCUACUACCGGGGCCGCGUCUGCGAGCGGCCCGUGGCCAUCCAGGCCCGGACCACCGAGUGGGAGCUGCCCGAGGAGGUGGGCGAGGUGGUGCACGCCAGCCCCAAGAGGGGCUUCCGCUGCAUCAACAAGGAGCAGCCCCCGGGCAAGACCUGCUCCAACUACCACAUCCGCUUCCUCUGCCCGCUGGAGCACAUCUACUGGUCCCACUGGUCCUCGUGGAGCCCCUGCUCGCGCCGCGCCUGCGGCAGCAGUGGCACCCAGACCCGCGCCCGCCGCUGCCUCAGCGCCCGCCCCGCAGCCGCGCUCAAGGAGGUCAAGUGCAAGGGCAAGGCCGUGGAGCGCCGGCCCUGCAGCGCCGGGCCCUGCCCAGAGCCUGCCUGGACGGAGUGGGGCUCCUGGGGCCCCUGUUCUCACAGCUGCGGUAGCGCCGGGACACGCGUCCGGCGCCGGAGCUGCGAGGGCUCCAAGAAGACGCCGUGUCCCGGCCGCCCCACCGAGGUGCAGAAAUGUCCCCCCUCGCCCUGCCCAGCCUGCCCCGAGCACACGCUGCAGGGCACCGUCGUCACCGGCGCCGGGGCGGCGCUGCCGGACGCCAGGAUCUACCUGGAGGGCUCCCCGCUGGCGCUGCUAGGACGCAGUGACGCCCACGGGCGCUUCACUGUCACCGCGGGGCUGUGCCAGGGCAGCGCCAACAUCAGCGCCCACCACGAGGGCUUCGCCCCGGCGCUGGCACCCAUCACCUCCAACAGCUCCGGCCCGGUGCUCCUGAGGCUGCGGCGGCUGGAGAAGCCCUACAUGGUGCUGCACCCCAGGGCGCAGGUCCGGGAGGCCGGGCAGGACGUGACCUUCUGCUGCAAGGCCUCGGGCACCCCCGUGCCCAAGAAGUACUACUGGUACCACAACGGGACGCUGCUGGAGAGGAAGGGGCAGCAGCCGGGCGGCCGCCUGGCACUGCGGGGGCUGGCGCCGGAGCAGGCGGGCACCUACCACUGCAAGGCCAGCUCCGAGGCGGGCGCCAUCCGCUCGGUGCCGGCACAGCUCACCGUGCUGGCCCAGGGCCAGCAGAGCUGCCGCUCGGAGCCGGAGCCGAGCCUGGUGGAGCUGCCCAGCGAGUGCCCCCAGGACGCCGCCGGCUCCCGCCACUACAACGUGGGCCGGUGCCCGCCCUCCCCGUGCGCCGGCGGCCCCGGCGACCCCUCGGGCUGCGGGGGGGCCCCGGGGCACUGCUGCGGGGUGCGCAGGAUGGAGCUGCGGGAGAUCCCCUGCGCCGGCUCCCUGCUGCCCGUCAAGGUGGUGGCCGAGUGCGGCUGCGGGCCCUGCGCCCAGCCCCGCGUGCUGGUGCAGGGCCGGGUGACGGCGGCCGACACCGGGGAGCCCCUGCGCUUCGGGCAGAUCUUCCUGGGCGGCAGGAAGGUGGGAUUCACCGGCUACAAGGGCUCCUUCACCAUCGAGGUGCCGCCGGACACGCGGCGCCUGGUGGCUCGUUUCGUGGACCGGCAGCAGCGGUUCCUGGAUGCCGUCAAGGUCCUGCCCUUCGACCCCCGCGGGGGAAGCGUCUACCACGAGGUGAAGGUGCUGCGGAAGAAGGAGCCGGUGGACCUGGACAGCAGCCGGGGCAACGCCAUCCCGCUGGGGGAGGCGAGCGGCCGGGAGCCCAUCGGGGAGCUCGUCCUUCCCGCCGGCGCCUUCCUGCGCCCCUCCGGGGAGGUUUUCAACGGCACGGUCAGAGCCAGCGUCACCUUCCUGGACCCCAGGGACGUGGCGACGGCCAGCGCCGCCUCCAGCGACCUCAGCUUCGCCGACGCCGAGGGCGAGAUCGUCCCCCUGCGCACCUACGGCAUGUUCUCCGUGGAUUUCCGGGAGGGGGAGAGCGGCGCGGCGCUGCAGACGGGGCCGGUGCAGGUGCGGAUGGACACGGGGCAGGUCUGGAUGCCGGAGCACCUGCAGAAGAUGAAAUUGUGGUCCUUGAACCCCGAGACCGGCCUGUGGGAGGAGGAGGGGAUCCUCCGCCCGGCCGCGGGCAGCCGGCGGAGGAGGGAGGAGAGGACCUUCCUGGUGGGGAACCUGGAGAUCCGGGAGCGGCGCCUCUUCAACCUGGACGUGCCGGAGGAUCGCCGCUGCUUCGUCAAGGUCAGGGCCUACAGCAACGAGAAGUUCAACGCCUACGAGCAGCUGGAAGGGGUGGUCAUCAGCCUCAUCAACCUGGAGCCCCAGCCCGGCUACCCCAGCAACCCCCGCGCCUGGGGCCGCUUCGACAGCGUGGUGACGGGCCCCAACGGCGCCUGCCUGCCCGCCUUCUGCGACGGCCAGCGCCCCGACGCCUACUCGGCCUACGUCACCGCCACGCUGGGCGGGGAGGAGCUGGAAGCCGUGGCCUCCAGCCCCAAGCUCAACCCCGGCGCCGUCGGGGUGUCCCAGCCCUACCUGGGCAAGCUGGGCUACCGCCGCUCGGACCACGACGACCCCGACCUGAAGAAGACGGCCUUCCAGAUCAACGUGGCCAAGCCCGACCCCAACAACGUCGACGAGAGCAACGGCCCCAUCUACUCGUACCGCAGCCUGGAGGAGUGCGAGCGGGCGCCCGCCAGCGCCAACCACCUGCGCUUCUACCGCGUGGAGGUGGACAGGUACGAGUACAACGUGGUGCCCUUCAGGGAGAGCGACCUGACCUCCUGGACCGGGGACUACCUGUCGUGGUGGCCCAACCCCCAGGAGUUCAGGGCCUGCUACAUCAAGGUGCGGAUCGAGGGGCCGCAGGAGUACAUGGUGAGGUCUCGGAACGCGGGGGGCACCCACCCCCGCACGCGGGGGCAGCUCUACGGGCUGCGGGACGCGCGCAGCGUGCGGGACGCGGCGCUGGACGGCACCUCGGCGGCCUGCGUGGAGUUCAAGUGCAGCGGGAUGCUCUUCGACCAGAGCCUGGCCGACCGCACCCUGGUGUCCGUGGUGCCGCAGGGCAGCUGCCGCCGCACGGCCGUCAACAACCUCCUGAGCGAGUACCUGAGCCGGCACCCGCCGCUGGCCGACAACAACCACACCGGCGCCUUCGCCAUGCUGGCCCCGCUGGACCCGCUGGGCCACAACUACGGCAUCUACACGGUGACGGACCAGAACCCGCGCCUGGCCAAGGAGAUCGCCAUCGGCCGCUGCUUCGACGGCACCUCCGACGGCUUCUCGCGGGAGAUGAGGGCGGGCGCGGGCACGGCCGUCACCUUCGCCUGCCAGGAGCGGCCGCCGGGCCGGGAGAGCUUCUUCCAGCGCCUGCUGACGGCCCCGGCCGAGGCGCUGGCCGAGAUCCGGCGGGAGAUGGGGACCGGCGAACUGCGCCGCGCCCCCCCCGAGGUGAUGGACUUCGCCUCCGGCGCCCGGGCCCCGGGCCCCACGCCCGCCCCCCGGACCCCCAGCAGCCCGCGGAGGCCGGGUCGGAUCCGGGGCCGGCCCUGA